AUGCAUCAAAUUACCUUUCCUGACACCCAUCUCUGUUUCCUCGCCCUCUUCUUCUUCCUCAUUGUCCAACUUCCCAUAGCAAUUGGGGACAUCAAAACAAUAGAGAUCUCCUCAGACACUCGCCCCACCAUCCUUUUUGAAGAUUUCUGUUUCGAUCUCACAGGUCAUCUCUCUCUCAAAGUCUCCAAUGUCUCAAUCAAGACCACCUCUACCGCCCCAAUAAACUCCUCGCGUAUAGGUUUCUUCUUUGGGGAUCGACUCGCCAUCAAAACCUAUAACCUUCUCAUAUGUCCCGAGGAAGCAAAAACAUGCAUUCUUGAGACCCCCAAUCAAAUCCCAGAAGCCUUCCCACCCAUAGCCACAUUUGCAGAACUCUCACCUCCUCCUCAAUCUUCCAUUAGCAAAACCCUCCCUAUCCCGGCUUUUGUGUUGAAGAACAAAACCCUCCCCAUCCCUUCACCAGACCAUCUCGGUAUCUUUUUUUCAAACUGUGAGCAUAAUACCUCUGUCUCAAUGCAGGUUCACGUAGAAACCUAUAACCUAGACCGAAAUGGCAAGGACUAUCUUGAAGCCGGUAGAACUCAAUUGCCAAUGAUCUACUUCAUUUUUUCGGUCCUUUACUUGCCGUUUCUGGCCUUCUGGUUAUAUCUAUGCCACAAGAACAGGUCGUUCGUUCGCAAGAUACACAUUCUAAUGGCCAUAUUGGUCGUAAUGAAAUCGUUGAAUCUAUUUUUCGAGGCAGAGGACAAACACUACAUCAAGGUCACUGGAACCCCUCAUGGAUGGGACAUAUGGUUUUAUUUAUUCCAAUGCCUUCGAGCUCUGCUUUUGCUAACCGUAAUCAUGUUGAUUGGGACUGGUUGGACAAUCUUAAAACCACGUUUACAUGCCAACGACAAGAAAAUCUUGGCGGUGGGCAUAACAAUUCAGGUUUUCGCAAACAUAGCCCAUGUUUAUACCGAUGAAACUGGCCCGUCCAAUAGCAACUACUUUUAUUUGUCUCUGGCGUUAUUGCUGUUCGAUUACGUGGGCUUUGCGAUAGUUUUUGUUCCGGUUUUUUCGUCCAUCAAGACACUCAAGGAAGCCGCAAAGACAGAUGGAACCGCUGCGCAGGAUCUGGAGAAGAUGAGACUUCUGGGAUACUUCAAUGGAUGUGUGUUAACGUUCUGGGUAUGUAAGUGGGCGUGGGUUUCUGUCCGUGAAAUCAGGGAUGAUGACUGUAGUUUAGAGUGGUUAUUUGUUAUCGUUGUAGAGACUGUGACCCUUGGAUGUUACAUUGGAAUGUUUUAUCUGUUUCGGCCUCGGGAGAAAAAUGAGUAUUUUGUUGUUCAGGACGAAGAGACCGCUCUUGCUACCAUCGACAAGGAAUUCGCAGAUUAUUGA